AUGUUUCGUUUUCCGGUGAGUCUUGGCGGUUCACAUGACAAUACAAAGCAGCCACAGCCGUCGGAUGAGCAGCAUCAUCGGGCGGUGAUGGAUGAGACUGGACUUAAUCUACUCACUGCGCAUACGGGAAGCGAGGAGUCGAUGGUGGAUGAUGGAUUGUCUGUGGAUAUGGAAGAGAAACGUACCAAGUGUGAGAAUGCACAACUUCGAGAAGAGCUAAAGAAGGCGGUUGAAGAGAAUCAAAGGCUAAAGGAAAUGCUAAGUCAAACAACCAACAACUUUAACUCCUUGCAGAUGCAACUUGUUGCUGUCAUGAGGCAACAAGAAGACCAUCAUCACCUGGCUAAGACCGAGAGCAAAGGCAAGGCCAUUAAACCACCUGAAGCGCCUGAAAUGGUUCCAAGACAGUUCAUCGAUUUGGGACUGCCGACUGCUGAAGCAUCGUCCGAGGAGAGGACGACGGUUCGGUCAGGAUCUCCGCCAUCGCCUUUAGAGAACUCUGUCUUACGUCAGCGCGGAAAGAGGAUACUUGAGAUAGAAGAAAGCCCAGAGACCGAAUCUAACGGCUGGGGAAACCCUAACAAAGUUCCCAAACACAACGCGUCCUUAAGCAAUUGCAAUGUUAUCGAUCAGUCGGCCGCUGAAGCCACCAUGCGUAAAGCUCGUGUCUCGGUCCGUGAUCGAUUCGAAAAUCCCACGUUAGUCGAUGGAUGUCAAUGGAGAAAAUACGGACAGAAAAUGGCUAAAGGAAACCCGUGCCCUCGAGCUUAUUAUCGAUGCACGAUGGCCGUUGGUUGCCCCGUUCGCAAGCAAGUGCAACGUUGCGCAGAAGACAGAUCCAUUCUCAUAACAACCUACGAAGGAAACCAUAACCAUCCAUUACCUCCAGCAGCUAUGAGCAUGGCCUCGACCACAACCGCAGCCGCAAGCAUGCUCCUCUCUGGCUCUACAAUGUCGGGCCAAGCUGACGGUUUAAUGAACCCAACAAAUCUCUUGGCUCGAACCAUGUUGCCUUGCUCCUCAAGCAUGGCCACGAUCUCAGCCUCUGCACCAUUCCCAACCAUUACAUUAGACCUUACAGAGUCAGCACCCAACGCUGAUAAUCCAGCUAAUAACAACCCGUUGAUGCAAUUCUCUCAACGGUCUGGUUUCACCGAGUUGAACCAAUCGGUUUUGCCUCAAAUGAUGGGCCAGGGCUUUUAUUAUAACCAACAACAAUCCAGGUUCUCAGGCUUACAGAUGCCGGCUCAGUCGCUGAACGCUGGCGAGAGCGUUAGCGCCGCUACUGCCGCUAUCGCCGCCGAUCCUAACUUUGCAGCGGCUCUAGCCGCAGCCCUCACGUCUAUUAUCAGCGGUUCAAAUAGUCACCAAAAUGGGAACAGUAACAACAGUAAUGGUAGUAAUGUUACCACGAGCAACGUUGACAAGAGACCAUGACCUUCUAUUUUAUCGGUCGAUUUUGCUUUUGUUUUCACAUUUUACAUUUUAGCUUCUUUUGUCUUUUUUUUUUUUCCGAACAACAAGAGUCUUCCGAGCAAAUUUUUUCCCCUUGCUUGUGUACGAUAAGACGAUUUUGUCCAGGAAUAAAAACUGCCUUUUAUUUUUCUUAAUAAUUAGUUUUAUUAUAUAAAUUAUUUUGAUGCGUCGUCUAUAACUAAAAUU